CUCUGAACAGUUCUCUUUGACUAGCAUUGAAAUAAAGUUGAUUCUGGAUUUGUUCUCCGACACUAGUCUUCUAAAUUUAAAAUUACUAUUUAUUAUAACGAAAUAUAUCAUUAAUUAUUAAUUCGAAGUCCAAUAUUUUGAGCAUCCCAAAUUUAUUUGCUGUGCAGAAAAACACAUCAUUGGAUCAGUAAAUGAAGGAAGAAGAAGACCCAUAAAGGGUGAAAUUGGUAAGCAAAACCAGACGACCUUGCCUCGGUGCGUUAAGUUACGUUUACGUUGCAUAAUGGAUGAUGCUAAGAAAAAAGCCGAGGCUGAAGCCAAGAAAGCCAGCGAACAAGCCGCAGCCGCAGCAGCUGAAGAUGCCAAAAAGAAGGCAGCAGCAGCAGCAGCAGCUGCUAAACCCAAGUUCUAAAUCCUAAGUUAAAGGAAAAGCCUUUUCCCAAAUUUUGCAGUAGGUUGCAUUUGCUGCCAUCUACAGUGGCAACAGCUGUCAGUGGAAAAACCAGAAAAAUCAACAGCAAAGGCAUUUGUCGUUUAGGAAAAGUCUUCGAUAGCUGACAUUUUCAGCUGCAAUUGCUGUUAGGGGAAAUGACAACGGCAAGAGCAAUAGCUGCCAAGUAAACAGCAAAUGCAGCAUUGGAAAUUAAAAGGAAAAAUUGAAAUGAUGCGGUUGUUAAGACAAAGGACUCUUCAAAGGAUACAAAAUGAGAUAAAACCGAAGCAUAACCAACAGCAGAAGCUGCAACGAAAUUGAAGUAACUGCAAUAAUGGAAUGAAUAUUACAGCAUUGACAGUUGGAUCUACAUCAAAUGCAACAGCAACAUAGCGAGCAACAUUGCCAGCAGCAUGAGCAACAUCCCCUGCGGCAGGAACAGCAGCAGCAACAGAAGCAGCAGCAGCAGCAGCAGCAGCAGCAGCAGCAGCAGCAGCAGCAGCAGCAGCAGCAGCAGCAGCAGCAGUCGCAGAUGGUCAGCUGCUCAGAAGAAAAGGCCACAUGGAGAGGCAGAUAACCAGUUUUGUUUAGGCCCAUUCAAAAUUAAAUAUAUCCAUAGCCGGUCGGGCGAGAAGUUUAUCAUUUACGCUGACUGUGACCUCCAAUCCCUACCUUAUGCCGUCGCUUUCCCCUUUAAUCCCUCAAGCGGAAAUUAGUUAAACAAAAUUAAAAGUCUGGCCUGUUAAUUAUUCAUAGUAAAUCAAAAUGCUGAUCAAAUGCCAAAUGAGCAACUGAA